CCAUUUUCACGGCCAUCCAAAAAAGAAUUACAAAUCCAAAAAAGAAAAAAAAAUCCAGAAAAUUAGAAAAUGUCUGUCUGUCUUUCUGUUCGUAACUCCUAAAUUUCGAGUUCUGCCCAAAACUCUCCCGCCAAGUGGCCAAAAUUUGAAAGACGAAGACAAAGAGCGGCUCGGCAUGCUCUUCAAGUGUCGAGCCACAGGCUGUCUGAAACUGAAAUCUGAGGCUUUAAAGUCCGAGUGAGCGUCAGAGUUGAGAUCCAGAGGAAGAGAGAGUUAGAGAGAGAGAGAGAUGGCGAGUUCUUCGAGCUCUGGUUUGGAAAACAACGCCUUGGCUCAGAAGAAUGAGAGCGAAAGAGUCAGGGAUGAUAUGGUGGCCCAAAUAAAAAACCGUGUGCAAGCUGAGGGAAAAACCUGUCAUCAGUGCCGGCAGAAGACACUGAAUUUUGCUGCCUCAUGCACCAAUAUCAAGACGAAGGGUCGUCGUUGUCAAAUUAAUGUUUGUUCCAGAUGCCUCCUGAACAGAUAUGGAGAAAUAGCUGAGGAGGUGGAUCGUGAGGGUAACUGGAGUUGUCCCAAAUGCAGAGGCAUCUGUAAUUGUAGUACUUGCAUGAACAAAAAAGGUCUCCAACCCACUGGUCUUCUUGCACCAACAGCCAAGGCAGAAGGGUUCAAAUCUGUUUUUGAAAUGUUGAGUGUGAAAGGGCUAGAGAACUUAGGUCGUGACAAGAAUGCUGGACGCAAGGGUGCUUCGCGAAAAAAGGCUGUUGCUAUAAACGAGGAUCCUGUUGUUGAUUCUCCGAGAAAACGAGGGAAGGAGAAUUCUGUUGAAGGAAGUGAUGAUGUGAACUUGAAUGAAACACUGGACUCUGAUGAGCUGAAAAGUAAGAAAGCAAAGCGGGGAAGGUUGAUGGAAAUUGGUAAUGAGGGCAGAGAUGAUGCCAAGGCCAAGACUGGCAGAGGGCGCCGCAGAGGCAAGGAAUGCAGCAUGAAAAAGAACAAAGAGGAAGAGGGUGAGGAUGAUGCUGUCCUGCCUCAGGGCAAACCUGUAACAGAUGCGGCGCAGAUUGAGAUACCACCUGAGGAUGCUGGAAAUGCUCUGCAAUUUUUGGAAUUUUUCUCAGCUUUUGGAGAGGUAAUUCUCACUUUGUCUAUCAAAUAUCAAACUAAAAGUCUAAAUGGUGCUCUGAUCUUGUUUUAA